GUUAGUUUGCUCAGACAAGUAAAGAAAGAGCGAGAAACCGUCAAGAUGGAUUUCAUCUCAUCUCUACUCGUGGGCUUAGCUCAGGUGUUGUGUGAAUCUAUGAAUAUGGCAGGGAGACGAGGACACAAGACUGAUCUUAAGCAAGCCAUCAGUGAUCUCGAAACAGCCACCGGUGAACUGAAAGCCAUACGUGACGACCUGAAUCUACGGAUCCAGCAACACGAACUAGAGGGACGAAGAAGCACAAACCAUGCCAGAGAGUGGCUCAGUGCGGUGAAAGCAGCCGAGGUUAAAGCAGAAUCGAUUAUAGCAAGGUUUAUGCAUCGCCAACAGAGGACAAGAAUUCGGAGGAGAUGCCUCGGUUGCUUCGGUUGUGCCGACCACAAACUGAGCAAGAAAGUCUUGACGACAUUGAAGAACAUCACUGAGCUGAGAGAACGGUCUAAAGAUAUAAAAACAUAUGGCGGGUCGAUUCAGGUGACUAGUAGAGAGAUACCGAUCAAGUCUGUGGUUGGGAUUACUGCAAUGAUUGAAAAGGUUUGGAAGUUUCUAAGUGAAGAAGAAGAAGAAAGAGGAAUCAUUGGGGUUUAUGGACCUGGUGGGGUUGGGAAGACGACGCUGAUGCAGAGCAUUAAUAACGAGCUGAUCACAAAAGGUCAUCACUAUGAUGUACUUAUAUGGGUUACAAUGUCCAGAGAAUUCGGCGAGUGUACAAUUCAGCAAGCUGUUGGAGCGAGUUUGGGUUUAUCUUGGGACGAGAAGGAGACAGGGGAACAUAGAGCUUUGAAGAUAUACAGAGCUUUGAAACAGAAACGGUUCUUGUUGCUGCUUGAUGAUGUCUGGGAAGAGAUAGACUUGGAGAAAGCUGGAGUUCCUCGACCUGACAGGGAAAACAAAUGCAAGGUUAUGUUCACGACACGAUCCAUGGCGUUAUGCAGCAACAUGGGUGCGGAGUUCAAGUUGAGAGUGGAGUUUCUUGAGAAGCAAUACGCGUGGGAGCUCUUCUGUGAUAAAGUUGGAAGAAACGAUCUCUUGGAGUCACCUUCGAUUCGCCGGCUCGCUGAGGUUAUUGUGAGUAAAUGCGGUGGAUUGCCUCUGGCGUUGAUCACAUUAGGAGGGGCCAUGGCUCAUAGAGAGACAGAAGAAGAGUGGAUUCACGCGAGUGAAGUUCUGAACAGGUUUCCAGCAGAGAUGAAGGGUAUGGACUAUGUGUUUGCACUUUUGAAAUUCAGCUAUGACAAUCUCGAGAGUGAUCUGCUUCGAACUUGUUUCUUGUACUGCGCUUUGUUCCCGGAAGAACAUUCUAUUGAGAUUGAACAGCUUGUUGAGUACUGGGUCGGAGAAGGGUUUCUCACCAGCUCCCAUGGCGUCAACACUAUAUACAAGGGAUAUUUUCUGAUUGGAGAUCUGAAAGCGGCGUGUUUGUUGGAAUCAGGAGAUGAGAAAACACAGGUGAAGAUGCAUAAUGUGGUAAGAAGCUUUGCACUAUGGAUGGCUUCUGAACAGGGGACUUAUAAGGAGCUGAUCCUAGUAGAGCCUAACAUGGGACUUACUGAAGCACCUAAAGCAGAAAACUGGCGACAAGCGUUGGUGAUUUCAUUGCUAGAUAACAGAAUCCAGACCUUGCCUGAAAAACCGGUAUGUCUGAAUCUGAAAACAUUGAUGCUCCAACAGAACGGCUCUUUGAAGAAGAUUCCAACAGGGUUUUUCACGCAUAUGCCUUUUCUAAGGGUUCUUGACUUGUCCUUCAUAAGUAUCACUGAGAUUCCAUUGUCUAUUAAGUAUUUGGUAGAGUUGUAUCAUCUAGCUAUGUCAGGAACAAAGAUAAGUGUAUUGCCCCAAGAGCUUGGGAAUCUUAGAAAGCUGAAGCAUCUGGACCUGCAAAGAACUCAGUUUCUCCAGACGAUCCCGCGAGAUGCCAUAUGUUGGCUGAGCAAACUCGAGGUUCUGAACCUGUACUACAGUUACGCUGGUUGGGAACUGCAGAGCUUUAGAGAAGAUGAAAUAGAAGAACUCGGGUUUGGCGACUUGGAACACUUGGAAAACCUCACCACACUCGGCAUCACUAUUCUCUCACUGGAGACACUAAAAACUCUCUACGAGUUUGGCGCCUUACACAAACGUAUACAGAAUCUGCACGUAGAAGAGUGCAAUGGUCUUCUCUAUUUCGAUCUCCCAUCACUCAGUAACCAUGGUAGGAGCCUGAGAAGACUCAGCAUCAAAAGCUGCCAUGACUUGGAGUACCUGAUCCCACCAACAGAAGUUGAAAAUGACUGGCUUCCAAGUCUAGAGGUUUUGACAUUACACAGCCUCCAUAAAUUAAGCAGAGUGUGGGGAAAUUCUGUAAGCCAAGAAUGUCUGCGGAAUAUCCGUUGCAUUAACAUUUCACACUGCCACAAGCUGAAGAACGUCUCAUGGGUUCCGCAACUCCCAAAGCUAGAGGUGAUUGACCUGUUCGACUGCAGAGAGCUAGAGGAACUGAUUAGUGAACGGGAGAGCCCAUCCGUUGAAGAUACAGCAUUGUUCCCAAGCCUGAAGACUUUGUCAAUCAGGGACUUACCAGAACUAAGCAGCAUCCUUCCAUCUCGAUUCUCUUUCCAAAAACUAGAAACUUUAGUUAUCACUAACUGUCCCAAAGUGAAGAAACUCCCAUUUCAGGAAAGGGUCCUGACGAACUUGCCAACAGUUUACUGUGAUGAGAAAUGGUGGGAUGCAUUGGAAAAGAAUCAGCCAAACAAAGUGCUUUGUUGCUUACCGCACUUUGUUCCAAAUUGAUAUGAGAGUUAGGAUCACUCUGUACAAAUCAACAUCUGUCAAUUAUGUACAUGAAAACCAAUGAAUGUUAACAAUGUUGCUAGAGAAAUAUGAAGAGU